UGACGUUUUCUUUUCGUAGUUUUAUGGUUUUAUCUUGAAUUUAUUUAUUUGCUUAGAAAUAUCUGUUGAAAUAUAAUAAUGGCUGCUGAAAUAAAGCCUGCACCCAGGACACCUAAUGACAGGUUUUCUACUACAAAGAAACCGGCGUUACUUAGUAAGUUGGAAGGAUGUACCGACGAUGUAAACGCUGCUGUCGUGAUUCCUGGGGAGGAUGGUGUUAUAAGUGUUUGCGACGAUAAAACAGUAAGAGUAUGGCUGAAGAGAGACUCGGGCCAGUACUGGCCCAGUAUUUGCCAAUAUAUGCCAUCAGGUUGUACAUCUAUGUUCUACACACCUGAAACUCGCCAACUCUUCAUCGGACAAGAAAACGGAACGAUAUCUGAAUUUACACUGGCUGCUGAUUGCAACAGAAUAAAUCCAACAAGAGAGUACCUAGCCCACACAGCAAGGAUAACUGCUGUAAUGUUCUCAUUGAGCUGCGAGUGGGUGUUGUCGGUCAGCAGAGACAAAUUUUUUGCUUACCAUUGUAGUGAAACUGGCCGCAGGAUUGGUGGUUACUCAUUUGAAGCUUGGUGUACAGCCCUGCAGUUUGACUCGCAGUCAAAAUACGCUUUUGUUGGAGAUUACAGCGGGCAGAUAACAAUGCUAAAGCUAGAUAAUAAUGGUGCUACACUAGUCACUACAUUGAAGGGACACACAGGGUCUGUUCGUGUUCUCAAUUGGGCACCACUUCCCCAGUUGUUGUUUAGCGGUUCAUUUGACCAAACUAUUAUUGUCUGGGACAUUGGAGGUCAAAAGGGCACAGCAUACGAACUUCAAGGUCACAGUAACAAGGUGACAGGUUUGUGGUACGUGGGUGGUUGCGCGCGGCUGGUGUCCGCGGGCGAGGAUGGCGCGCUGGGCGUGUGGGAGAUGGGCGUGCAGCGGCGCGAGACGCCGGCGUGGCGCGAGGCCGACCUCUGCCAGCUGUGCCGCGCCCCCUUCAUAUGGAAUGUUCGCGCUAUGAUGGAGAAGAAGCAGCUAGGUCUACGUCAGCACCACUGCCGCUGGUGCGGCGCGGCGGUGUGCGGGGCGUGCUCGCCGCACCGCCUGCCGCUGCCAAUCAUGGGCUUUGAGUUCCCUCAGCGCGUCUGCACCACAUGCUACGACACGCUGCGACACGAACCGCGGGAGUCUCUGGCGUCGUUCCACGAUAUGAAGCACGCUGUGGCGUCGCUGUACGUGGACGAGGCGACCGGCCGCAUGUGCACCGCCGGCAAGGACAGGGUUAUAAAGGUCUGGGAUAUCAGCAUGCUCCUAGCGCCCUCUCCGAAGCCGGGCACCAGCGAACAAUAACCGUCGGAAAAUUUUCUCUAUUAUGAUAACAAUAAGAUCAAGAUCAGGUUGUAAGCGCUUUUCGUACUGAUGUACGCCGUUUAUUGUAAUAUAAACCAAACGAAAUCUAUCGUUAUGAUUUUCGUUUAACAUUGUUGUUUCUUAAUGUGUAGAGUAUAAUUUUUGUGUGGGCCAGUUCUGAUGUAGCGUCUAAAUUGUUGAAGGUCGGCCGACUCAUCUCUUUUGGACUAUUUAGGAAGUGUUCGGAAGAGUUGUUCUAGAGGUUAGUCAUUGUCGCUGGUCGUGUAAUGUAAAUCGUUAUAUUUCCAUAUUGGUAUUCAGCUAUGUAACACAAGACUGAAUCUUGAUAAUACUUAUAGAGAGAUCAAUUUUCUCGUCACAUUUUAAUGGCUAGCAGUAUUUUCGAAUGUGAAUUACGUAUUCAAUAUUGAUGUUGUGUGAAAAAUAUUAAACAAUACAAUUAGCAUUUUGUCACGAAAAUAUAGAUGGCGUUAGUUUCGUUCCCUUGACUCUGUAAAUGUGAUCUUAAAUUUUGAUCUAGUGUUAUUACUUUUUGAAUAUGUAUACAAUAGUAAAGGAAUAUAGUUAGCAUUUCAGUAUAUUACAACGAAAUAAAAUCAUUUUAAAGUGAUCUAAGGGGCAUAAACAACCGUUUGAUUAUAUUAUUGUAUUUGGUGUCCA